AGAAUGUAUUUAGUCGUUGUACAACCACGAUUGAAUAUGCUGACGCCGGACCUGCCACAAAUGCCUUUUUGUAGGUCAGUGUGCACCGGGGUUUAGAGCGUGACGUGACUAGGCAGCCCUGUCCGAAGACCACCCCAGGACGUUUCAAGAAAGUCUGCCAAUAGGCUGUAACGUUUGAGUGUGAAGAAUUGUGACGUAUCAUGGCAGCACAUGAACAGGCGAGGCAGCGCUCACUCUCUACCUCUGGUGAAUCACUUUACAUUGUGCUUGGAAUUGACAAGCUUGCCACUCCCGAUGAUAUCAAGAAGUCUUACAGAAAACUUGCAUUGAAAUUCCACCCUGAUAAGAACCCAGAUAACCCGGAAGCAUCAGACAAGUUUAAGGAGAUCAACAACGCCCAUGCCAUUCUGAACGACCCGACCAAGCGGAACAUCUAUGACAAGUACGGCUCUCUGGGACUGUACGUAGCUGAGCAGUUUGGCGAGGAGAAUGUGAACACGUACUUUGUCCUAUCCAGCUGGUGGGCCAAGGCGUUGUUUGUAUUUUGUGGCCUGGCCACUGGCUGCUACUUCUGUUGUUGCCUGUGUUGCUGCUGUAACUGCUGCUGUGGGAAAUGUAAACCGCGGCCCCCAGAGAGCCAGGAGCCUGACUUCUAUGUGUCCCCCGAGGACCUGGAGGCCCAGAUGCAGUCUGACGAGAGAGAGGCUGGCGGUGAAGCCAUCUUGGUGCAGCCAUCAGCAACAGAGACAACGCAGCUGACGUCAGAUGGUCACCAUUCCACCUACCAAACCGACAUGGGCUUCAACUAAACCCCUCCCCUGUCCUGGCUCAUGGCCCCGCCUGCUACCCUGCUCCACCUUAAAAGGAUAAACGAGAAGGACAAUCUGUUUAACUUCACUGAUAGUCAAGUCCUGGAGAGGAGAUGGAGUGAGCGUGGCCCACACACAGAGCUUUUGAAGGUGCACCCACUUUCAACCAUCUCCAGCGUGGUCCACUCCCGACUCAAUGUAGGAUGAAAGAGCAAGAGAACAUUUGCUUCCCUUCCGUUUGUUCUUUCAUAUUCUUUGGCCUUUGACCUCAAUCCUCCAACUCCACAGUCCCCUUUUCAUAUUUCAUGUCAUGGUGUCGCAUGCACUGUUUCGAGAGAAAAAUAUCAUUGUCUUUAUUUUUUAUUUUUGUUUAAUGUCAUAUUUAUUUUUGGUGCAAUGGUACAUGUGGGUGUGAUUUGUUUUGGGUACAGUUCACUUGAAGGUUUGAUCACUGGAAGGAGAGGCUUGGCUCAGGGAGGCUGUGGGUAUGAGGUGUGUCGCGGUUUAUUGUCUGGGUUGUAUGGUGCCGUCACCAAUAAACAUCUAAUAAUACAGCUGAUGGUGACACUUUGUUUUUUUAACAUUUGGUGGAUCUUUGCUUAUCUGUGAUCAGAUGCAGCUCGGUGAUCUGUUUUGGUUGUGAUGAGAAUAUUGCUUUGUCCUGCCCAUGAAAUCUGAAUUGAAUGCUUGUAAUCUUUACACUAACUUCCCUGCAUCGAAGAACGGACUAACACCGGAAAAUAAAUAUGAUACAAAGGUUUGUUUACACAUCUAGUCACGUGUAUAUUGUGUUGUUUAUUAGCCAUUGUGCCACCCACAGUGCCAGUGGAUUGUUGGGACUUGUCCCUGACAUUUCUGAGCAACAAUUUCUCUAUACAUUUAAAUGGUUGAGCUGAAGAUCCAGUUAUUUCAUACAUUUGAGCAUUUUACCAGUAUUUUCUUUUAUUGCCCUAAGACCCAGCACCCAAGGAUUUUGACAUGAUCCAAUUCAGAAUGGCAUCCUUUCAUUCAGACCAAGAUUAAUUUAUGUUCAGAUGUGACCGUUGUCAUAUUUAUCAUUCAAUUAAUGUGUAUACAGUACUGUAUGGGUGUAGGAAAAUGUUGUAAACAUUUAAAGAAUAUGAUCAUCUUUUUAUGUUUUUGUUGAAGAGAAUUCUGAAGUGUAUCAAUUGUCCAAUGCAGUGUUUAUUUGUUUUCACCAUGAUUGAAUUAAUGUGUGGAUAUUGGUACUUUUUUAGCUCACAAGUCAUUUCAUGAGUGAGCUAGCACAAAUUCCGGCAGCUCUUAUACUAUAAUCAGACUUAUGUUUUAAAAUUGAUAUAUUAAACUAAAUAUAUGUCCAGUGUAACAAACACAUAACCUGCCAUAACCAGCCAUUAUCUUCAUUAUUCUUUUCAUGAAGGCCAAUUGUGUUUCGAUGGUUUACAAUGUCUGAGCUCCUCUCUCCUGCCCUAUGGUUGUUUGAGCCGUGUGGUCCUUUUACAGUGUUUGCAGUUCCCUCCUGAGACGACCCCUGCCCCCCAAGAGAUAUACCUACAUGUUAUCGCUACUUCAUUGAGAUGUUGGAAAAUGCUAUUUGUUAAAUGAGUUGAAUGCAAUGUGUGUUCAAAAAAAUUACUGGACCAAUGAUCAGGAAGUGGUUCCAUGAAAAUGUCUUGAUACAGAUGACAUAGUAUAUAGUGUAAUGACAGUGAUAGUAAUUUGAUGCAAUUUGUUUUAUUUAAGUUAUAUUAUUUUGUCACUUUUUUUAUGAUGCGCGUUAUAAAUGGUAUGUUGUUUUGAUGUGGCCAUUAAAUUUUGCAACGCAUGGUUUAAUGGUUAAGGUCUGUUGUAUAUACACAUAAAUAUGAAGUAUAAAUCUUGACCUUUAUGUUGUAGCAUGGUAAUGUGUGUCUGAAAGAAAACAAAGUGGGUCAUUGAUCUGAUUUGCUGUUGUAAAAUAAAUGUACCUGAACAUUUA